AUGUCGAUCGAAAGGAUUUCUGACUGGUAUGUUGACCUUAUGGAAAACCAAAGUGAUCCGAGAGUAGCUAAUUGGCCGAUGAUGUCGUCCCCAUUACCUACUAUAAUGUUAUGUCUAGGAUAUGCCUGGUUCAGUAAAUCUAUAGGACCAAGACUCAUGAAGAAUCGACCAGCUUUUAACUUGAGGCGUAUUCUGGUGAUAUAUAAUUUGUUCCAAACACUUUUUAGCGCUUGGAUAUUUUAUGAGUACUUACAAAGUGGAUGGUGGGGACAUUAUAGUUUUCGCUGUCAGCCUGUAGAUUAUUCAAACAGUGAAAUUGCUUUAAGGAUGGCUAAUACCUGCUGGUGGUACUAUUUUUCGAAAUUCACAGAAUUCUUUGACACCUUAUUCUUUAUUCUGCGGAAGAAAAAUGAACACGUAUCAACGUUACACGUUAUUCAUCAUGGAUGUAUGCCCUUUUCAGUUUGGAUGGGUCUUAAAUUUGCUCCAGGUGGCCAUAGUACAUUCUUUGCCUUAUUAAAUACGUUUGUCCAUUUAAUAAUGUAUUUAUAUUAUAUGGUUGCUGCUUUGGGACCUAAAUAUGCCAAAUAUAUAUGGUGGAAACAGUAUUUAACAACACUACAAAUGGUUCAAUUUGUAGUAAUUAUGACACACCAAUUCCAAUUGUUAUGGACGGAAUGUGAUUAUCAACGAGCGUUUAUGGUCUGGAUUGCCUUACAUGGAGUCAUGUUUUUCUUUUUGUUCUCAGACUUCUAUAAACUAAAAUACUCUAUUAAACCAAAAGAUAAGAAAUGUAAAGUAAAUAAGAAGAAUAAGAAAUGUAUAGAGCUCAAGCCAUUACCAGCAACAAAUUUGAAAAGCCCUUAUGCUACGAAUGGACAUAUAUAUGAGAAAAAAAAUAGAAAUAAUAGAAUUGAAAGUGGUUGUAGAAAAACUACAGGUAGGCGUUCUAUAAAAAGAUGUUUAUUCAAAGAAUAUUAA